AGUUCAGCCUUGAGCAGAAAGGGAAGGAGGAAGCCUGUGCAGGAAUGUAGGGAUCUGGGCACAAAAGUGGGUGGAACCAGUGAGCUCCGCCCUGUCUCCUCCUCCCUCCUCCUCCCCCUGCCUCAACCUACUCACUGCCGAGCGCGCCGAGACAGGUGAGGAAGUCCUAGCGCAGGAGCCUGGGGAGGGGCCAUGGUGCCAGGCCAGCCGUGGGGGAAACUGGAGAAGCCGCUUCUCUUCCUGUGCUGCACCUCCUUCCUCCUGGGGCUGGCUUUGCUGGGGAUACGGCCGGACAUCGCCCCUGUGGCUUAUUUCUUUCUCAGCUUGGGUGGCUUCUUUUUGUUGGCCUGCCUCCUGGCCUGUGUUUUGGAAUGGGGGUCUCGAUCAGGGCAGACCGAGAGCCCAGGGGCCUCCAGCAAUGCACGGGACAAUGAAGCCUUUGAGGUGCCAACCUAUGUUGAAGCCACAGUGAUGGAGCCGCAGCCCCACCCCCAAGAGUUGGACCUACCACCCUCUUACAGCAGCGUUGUAAUCCCCCCAGGACUUGAGGAGGGACAGCCUAACCAUCCAGAGGAGCCCAGGAGAGCCAGAUUGGACAGGCGAGUGGGCUCAGAGGGGUCUGUGACCUCAGCAAGUCCUAGAAGACCUCCAAUCAGCCUGCGGCUUCGGUGGUCACGGACUGUGUCCACUGUUCCUGAUCUGCAGACCUUGUGGACGCCCCCCAGAUUGGAACCUCUGACUCCACCGCCUGCCUAUGAAGUCAGCUGUGGUCACUCUGAUGAUGAUGUUUUCUAUGGAAACAACUGGACACCCUCCUAAAGGACUUUCCGAGGACAUAUCAUCUUUCGGCACCAGACCCACUCAUUCUUUGGACCAUUGCCUCCCAGUGCCUGUCAUGUGUCAGGAACUGUCCCCCCACCUGGACAUCACACAUGCAGGAUUUGACCCAGAGAGGAGUCGGGCUGUGGUGAGCCCUGCCUGGUUUUGAGGUGGCCCAUCCCAAAGAUGCAGGUGGCACCAUUUGAGUCUUCAGGCAAUAUUCAGCAACCUACCCCAUAUCCAGAGUUAGAUUGAGGGUGAGAUGAGGAGGUGAUCCAGAGAAUCUAGGGAAAGAAGAAAAGAAACAAUAUCUGAGUGACAUUCUGAUGCUUCUGUUCCAGGUGCUUUGGCUCUAUUAGAUCACAAAAAUGAGGUGUUAUUGCCCUCAUUUAUUAAAUGAGGACCCUAAUGGUCAGAAAAAAAAUUGAUAAUUUGCACAGGAGCACUCUGCUAGUAAAUGACACAAAGUCUUGAACUUUGCUCUUCAGAUCUCAUUGCCUCUGUCUUUUCUUCUUUUUUUUUUUUUUUUUUUUUGAGUUGUUUUAUCUGGAACAAAAUGAAGAAUAUAGCCCAGGAGAUAGCAUUUCAAAUAGUUCUGAGAAACUGCUCCAAAGAGGUAGGGGGGUAAGGUCAGUAUG